AGCUGUAAAACGCUCGUUUGAAAUAAGGAACGCCGAAAAUACUACAUUUCUAGGCUUUCGAUCUUGGUUUCUCUCUCGAAGUAGCAGUUUUGACGGAUUUGAUCUGGUUGGUUUUCGUUCUUUUCUUCCGUUUUUCGAUGAUUCGAAUCACCUGAAGGCGAUCGAACGGGCGUUUUUUUUUUCUUUUCUUUUCCCUCUGAAAUGAUGGGUUUUCCAACAUUUCUGUAGAUUCGUUGAAGAGCAGGCAGGGAAAAAAAAUUAGUUAGACGAAGAAACGAAGCCCAUUAUCGAUUUCCUUGGAGCAGAUUCACUCUUUCACCGCGUUUCUUCACGGAUUUACGAUACCGAAAGAGAUCCGACAGUAAAAUCGCGGUUCUAGCAGCUUCUAAGCUCUGUAUAGGGAAGAAGUUACAGCUUCAGCUUUAAUGCCCUGCGCAUGGACGAAAUUACCAUUCUGCUCCAAGAUUCUUAAUUUUCUGAGUAUUUUUACUGCUUGCUGCCGGGAGAACGCGCAUCGGAGAUCUUUUUGGCAGAGACAGGGCUGUAAACAAAGGGAUUGAAGGUUUUAGACAACUAUUUACGCAAGGCGAGCAGAAUUCGCCAGCAUCUUAGUUGCGGAGGCGAUUUACUCAGUAUUUUCCUCAAAAGGGAGCGAAACUUGAAGAUUGGCUUCUCUGCAAGCUUAGCAUCGCAUUUCCAAGAGCUUUCGCUUGUUUCCAUCGCUGUUCUUGGUGAUGUCGGAGUUGGAGAUGGCCUCUUCGUCGUCGAGUGCUCGAGAGAUAGAUCCUCUAUUGAAGGAUCUGACGGAGAAGAAGCAGAGCUUCCGGCGCAACGUUGUCUCAUUGGCGGCCGAGCUCAAGGAUGUUCGUAACAGGCUUGCUUCGCGAGAAGAAUCCUUUGCUCGAGAAAGCGUAACAAGACAGGCUGCGGAGACAAAGGCCAAGAGCAUGGAGGAGCAGAUUUGCAGAUUGCAGAGGAACUUGGAGGAGAGGAGCAGCCAGUUGCAGUUGUCUGCGUCGAGCGCACAGGAGUACAUCAAGGAGUUGGAUGAUCUAAAAUCACAGCUUUCAGUCACUAAAGCAACUGCAGAUGCUAGUGCUGCAUCAGCUCAAUCAGCGCAGCUUCAGUGUGUGGCCUUGUUGAGAGAGUUAGAUGAGAAAAACAGUUCACUGAAGGAGCAUGAAGAUCGAGUCGACAGGCUAGGAGAGCAGUUGGAUAAUUUGCAGAAGGACCUCCAAUCAAGGGAAGCAUCCCAAAGGGAGCUGAAAGAUGAAGUUUUGAGGAUUGAAAAAGAGAUUAUGGUUGCCGUUGCCAAAGCUGGAGCUAACAAGGACUGUGAACUGAGGAAGAUCUUAGAGGAGGUUUCUCCCAAGAAUUUUGAGAAAAUCAACAAACAUUUAAGUGCAAAAGAUGAAGAGAUAGCCAGACUGAGAGAUGAGAUUAGAGUUAUGUCUGCACAUUGGAAGAUAAAAACAAAGGAAUUGGAGCAACAGUUGGAGAAACACCGGAGAGCUGAUCAGGAGCUGAAGAAGCGUGUAUUGAAGUUGGAAUUCUGUCUUCAAGAAGCUCGGUCCCAAACACGGAAGCUUCAAAGGAUGGGAGAGAGAAGGGACAAAGCUCUGAAGGAGCUGAGGGAUCAGCUGGCAAUGAAGCAACAGUGCGGCGGUGGAUGUACCAACGACAAGCAGAACUUCUGGGAGAGCUCUGGCUUCAAGAUUGUGGUUUCCAUGUCUAUGCUUGUCUUAGUUGUAUUUGCCAAGCGAUAACAAAAUUGAAAAUAAAAUACAAUUCUCUCCUAUUACCAUAUGUAUGUAUAAAGAAAAGAAGAAAGAUACAGAAGAGCCUUUUCUUUUUACGGAUCGGAAGAAGAAAGGUUUGGUAGGUAGUUAUAUAAAAUACUCUUUAUGAUGUUUAUGUA